UGCGCACUCUUUGGUAGAAGUUUCCCUACACGCACACACACAGAGAUGUCAGCAGAGUUUGCCAAUCUGUCACUUUGCAAGGCGGGGUGCAUUUGAUGAGAAAAGAAGAUAACAUGGACGCAAUAACGUUCUGACAGUCGCUUUUGAAGACUUCCGAUGAAUACCGGGUCGCUGCUUUUUGUUGAAACACGCCAUAUGUGGCUUUGCUAGCUUCUCCUGUCCUUAAAUUUGACAACACCCAUGCGCGCGCGUGUCAGAAGUGACCAUGCUAACGACCGUUAGCAUCUACUACUAGCUAUGCUAUUCGACUCUUAGAGUUUACUACUACAAUUAUUAUUUGUAGGUUUUAGUCGGCGCUUAUUUGACAGUUUAUUCCCGCGAAAAGGGACGAAGACAUGGGACUGCACCCGCUGGAAUUCAGUGAAUGCUAUCUGGACAGCCCCAGCUUCAGGGAGAAAAUUAAGGCUCACGAAGCAGAGCUGGAGAAAACCAACAGGUUCAUCAAGGAGCUCUACAAGGAUGGCAAGAACCUCAUCAACGCCACGAAACAGCUGGGGAUGGCACAGCGCAAGUUUGCCCAAUGCCUUGGAGAGUUUCAGUUUGAGUACAUUGGAGACGCAAAAACUGAUGAUGAGCGGUGCAUCGAUGAGUCAUUGCAGGAGUUCUCCUCAUUCCUCAAGAACCUGGAAGACCAAAGAGAGCUGAUGAUGAGAAACAUCACAGAGACCCUCAUGAAACCCCUGGAGAAGUUCCGGAAAGACCACCUCGGCACAGUAAGGGCGGAGAGGAAAAAGUAUGAGAAAGAAACAGAGAAGUACUACAGCUCGCUGGAAAAGCUUCUGAACAUGUCUGCAAAGAAGAAAGAGCCCCAGCUACAAGAGGCAGACAUCCAGGUGGAAACCAUGAGGCAGCACUUCCAGGAGGAGUCGCUGGACUACGUGUGCAAGCUGCAAGAGAUCCAGGAGAGGAAGAAGUUUGAGUGCGUGGAGCCGAUGCUGGCUUUCUUUCAGACAGUCUUCACUUUUUACCACCAGGGUUUUGAGCUCGCCAAGGACUUCGACCAUUAUAAACGAGCACUACAGAUCAAUAUUCAGAAUACAAGGAGUCGGUUUGAGGGAGCGCGCUCCGAGGUCUACGAGCUCAUGAAAAGGAUCCGGGAGGCGCCUCAAGACUACAGACAGACAAGUGCCAUCAGCUGUGAAGGCUACCUCUAUGUCCAGGAAAAACGGCCGCCCCCCUUUGGUUCCAGUUGGGUGAAACGUUACUGCACCUUUGUCAAAGAGCAGAAAAUCCUGCAUAUGGUGACUUUUGACCACAGAUCUGGUGGAAGGAGUGGUGAGACUGAGUCGGUCACUCUCAAGUCUUGCCUCCGCAAAACGACAGAUAUGUUGGACCGUCGGUUCUGCUUGGAGCUGGACAUUACGGAUCGGCCAGGAACGGCACUCACAGUGCAGGCUCUUUCAGAGGGCGACCACAAGUUUUGGAUGCAGGCCAUGGGUGGGAAGGAACCUAUUGGACACUAUCUUGGAAGGACCUGUUCUAAGGAGAGAGGAAUUGAUGCCCAGCUGGAUGAGUUGGGCUUGAAUUUUGUGAAGAACUCCAUCAGCGCCAUAGAAACAAGAGGUAUAAACGACCAAGGCCUGUACAGAGUUGUGGGAGUAAGCUCCAAGGUCCAGAAGCUCCUCUCAUUAAUGAUUGACGAGAAGACCUCCGAAGUGGAUCUGUCUACCAGCGAGGACUGGGACGUCAAGACGAUAACGAGCGCACUGAAGCUGUAUCUGAGGAGCCUUCCUGAGCCACUGAUGACCUACGGGCUUUACAAAGAGUUCAUCAGCCCUGCGAAGGGCGGCAGUCCAGAGUCUCGCAUCCAGGCUGUCCACUGCUUGGUCCACAAGUUACCGGAGAGGAAUCGUCAAGUCCUGGGGCUGUUUAUGAAGCAUCUGGCCAACGUGGCCGCCCACAGUAAACAGAAUCUGAUGACUGUGGCGAAUCUGGGUGUGGUGUUCGGCCCGACGCUGAUGAGGCCUCAGGAGGAGACGGUCGCCGCCAUCAUGGAUCUGAAGUUCCAGAACAUCGUGGUGGAGAUCCUCAUUGAGCACCAUGAAAAGAUCUUCGCAGACGCUCCCGAGUCGUGCCUCCUUUCACCGGCCGCCCCAGUCUUCUGUGCUCCAACCAGACAGUCCAAGAAGCUGAAUCGACAGAACCGUCCCCUAGCUGUCUACAAUCCACAAGCUCUGGACAUUCAGACCGUGUGCGACACCUCCAAUCUCGCAACGGACGAAACAUCUAUGGGCAGCAAUGAGUCUGUGUCAUCUCAGUCUUCGUCCACUUCGGUGCCGGAGAUGGUGUUGGAGAGGAGCGACCACGUCCCGCUCAGCGCCAGCCUCUCCUCAGGCAGCAACUCCAGAGCGUCCACCGCAGCAGCCACCUGGUUAGGAGAUGGCCAGCAUGCUGCCACACCUGACAAAGAAAAGCCACAAGAGAGCAGCAGGAAAGCCAAGGCGGUGUACCCGUGCGAGGCCGAGCACGAUUCGGAGCUCUCCUUCCAGGUUGGCGCAAUUUUCAGUGCCGUGACCCAGUCGAGAGAGCCUGGCUGGCUGGAGGGGGAACUGGAGGGCAAGAGGGGCCUUAUCCCUGAGAACUAUGUGGAGAUGCUGUAGCCUCCAAAUGGACACAAUUAUUCAUAUUAUUAUUAUGUGCACGGGCCUUUGCAGUCACGGUGGAGCCUCAUUCACCAGAGUGUUCUCUCAAGGCAUGGACUUGAUGUGAAAUAGAUGCCUGCGUACUUUAUGCCAUGCAUGCUGGCCGUCAGAGAGGAGACCACAUGGGGUUUUAUUCCGCCGCACUGCUGUAAACCCAGGUAGCAUAUUUUUGCUCCACCCACUUAUACAUGGUAUCCAUGACGAGCCCCUCUCACAGCAGCAUUCUGUCCCAAUGUGCCUUUGUAGUGUAGACGGGUAUGAAUGGCCAUAAAUCACAGGGUUCUCACUUUUACUGCUACUUUCUCACUCGAGGCACCUUGCUUUUGGCUUCUUCUGCGCUUCACUUGCAUGACUUCAACGGGCGCUGAUGCUGUAGUUUUCAUUCAAACCCAAAGGUAGCGACAUUAAGCUAGCUGGCAACCUUCUCCCCAUCCAUGCUAAUGUCAAAGAUCAGCAGCUGGGUUUCACAUCACUUCUCACACGUUCAUUUGAAGAGACAAACAUACCUGCAUGCCAAAGAUCAAGCACUCUUGGUAGAAUUGCUUUGCAAAAGCUACAACAGAGUGGCACAUCCUCUGUUUGCAGCAAGCACAACUCAAUGAUCUGGUCGCAAAAACUACAACAGAGUGAUACAUCUUUUGUUGGGUAAUCUUUAGUUGCAAAAACAACCUCAAAGUGAUAAAUCUUUUGUUGGGUAAUUGCAAAUACAAAGAUCAUCAUCACUCGGUAGUAGUUUUUACAAAUACAGAUGACUCAACAAAAGACCUGUCACUAUGUUGUUGUUUUUGUAAAUACAACAGAGGAUGAACCACUCUUGUGUAGUUUUCUGGACUCUAAACUAUCCAACCAAAGAUGUCUGACUUUGUUGUAGUUUUUGAGUGGUGUAUCUUUUGUUGGGUGAUCUCUAUUUGCAAAAACAACAACUUUCAUUGGGUAAUGCAGUAUGUAGUCCAUAAAGCUACAACAAGAGUGGCCCAUCUUCUGUUGGGCGAUCUUUGUAUUUACAUAAACAACAACAAAGUAAUACAUCUUUUGUUGGGUAAUGUGUAGUUGCAAAAACUACAACAGAGUGAUACAUCUUGUUGGAUUACCAAUAUUUGCAAAAACGACAACAAAGUGAUAAGUCUUUAAUUGGGAAAUAUGUCGUCCCGAAAACUACAAGAGUCAUCCAUCUUCUGCUGCAUCAUCAUCAUUUGCAAAAAGUACACCAGAGUGAUACAUCCGCAGGAAAGUUUCAAAGCAGGCAAAACUAUCUUUUUCAAAUGUGUGCACUUGUUUGGUUUUUGAGCUGCUAAUAAUGUAGAUGCAAGUAUUGAAUUCAACGCACCCAAAUGUUUUGGAUCAGAAUCAGCUCUGGUUUUGUAGUCAGUGCAGUCCUCUCCAAGUCAGAGAUGCUUUUUCAGGGCUGAAUGAGAAGACAAGCAGCAUGCAUUGACAUUAUUCUUCAUAUUAUUAUCAUUAUCAUUAUUAUUAUUAUUAUUAUUAUUAUUAUUAUUAUGGGAAGUGUUUUUGUUGUUUUUAAGCUUGUUUUAAACUUUGCUCAGUUCCUCGCUGAGCAGAGAAAUGAGACACUCCUGCAAAAUGUCUGAUUUAACAUGAUUUUAUUUUCUUUAUAUUUCACUACCAAAAUAGAUGAUUUUAUUAUGAAUAAGAUAUUAAAAUACAGUAUUUACAAAGUUUUUUUUGUUGUUUUUUUUUCCCUUUCUGUGUAUGUACCAAGUUUAUUUCACAAGGUUGAAGAUGUUGGAAAGGUGGAAUGUUUUAAGCACGUCACAAUCCAUCACUCGCACAGACAACAAUUCACUUCACAUUUAUUGGAGAUUUUUUUUUGUUUUCACUGGCGGUUGCAAUAAUAAUUUAAAAGUGUUGAUUUGUGGUGUUUGUAAAGUGCCUUGACUUCAUUUUUAUACCUACAGGGCAUCGUCUUGUUAAAUAAUGUGAAAUAAAAUGUCUACUUUACUCUUUAACAUG